AUGGCGGGCGCUGUAUCAGGGCAGCUCGCACCCUCGACUGAGGCAGCUCCGCCGCCAGCGGUGGAUUCUGUGGCCAUCGCCACGCCGGUGCUGCCAGCCCCCUCGACUUGUACACCUUCACCUCUAACUACAAACGCCGUGGUGAAGAAGCCACUGAGGCUGGCGUUCAGGGAUCCAGCAAUAACCCGAUCUCACGUGCCCGCAACAGCAGUGGUGCUGGACGAGCCAGGACUCGAGUUGGCACCUCCAGCCCCCGAGCUCUCGCCCGAGCUAACCAGUGCACCGGAACCAGCAGAGGCAGCGGCUGCAGCCUUGCCCAGCUCACCGCCGCCCGAGCCCUAG